AUGAGUCAUAUCGCUGGAAUCCGCCACAAGAAGAUAGCGGAAGGGGCCAACACCAGGUUCUAUUGCCCUCUCUGUGCUAGAGGCGUAGGAGCAAUACAUAGCUGGCGUUCUCAUGUUGCGUCGAAAGGCCAUCACAACCAAGCUCUCCGACAGGGUGUAUCUCCGAGCGUACAGCCUGAGAUAGAGGCGCCUGGAGAAGCGAGCUGCCCGAGUGUCGAGUAUUGUGGGUUGUGCAGUAAGGAGGUUCCAAAGACAGCCUGGCAACGUCAUCUCGCGAAUCCUAAGCACUUGAACAAGGUGAAGUUCGCGAGGUUCAAAGCUCUUAUCGACGAAGCGACCAAGGAUAAGCACGGGGUCACCGUCUCGGACAAGGACGAUGGCUUGGAUCUCGGGAUUAUCAGCAGUGCAGAAGCGGCCAGCGGCUUUCGUGCACAUCUAACCAUGCAAGCCACGGUGCCGCUGUCGAAGAUCUCCAUCGUCGACAUCAAGCUGACUUCUCGGAAUGCUCAUUCUUCUUUCUCGGUCGACUCUGCGUCCUUGCUCGACCAGAUGCUGGUAUGCAGGAGGGACUACACCAUCCCUGUCACCUUCCGUUCAUCGUAUGCCGGUCACUACGAAGAUCGGGUCGAGAUCACGCUCGAAGAAAAGCAGCUCAAGCAAGCCUUCGUCAUUGUUCGUUUCGUCCGCGUCAUUGUCGGCGAUAAAGCUGACUAUGAUCGUUUGAAACCGACGAUGCCGUACACGCCGAGGGUGCAUAGCAAGAGAGAGCCCGAGAUUACUGUAGUGCCGGGUGAGGCCCCACCCGUGCUGAAGGCCAUCCCAUACGUCGUCAAAUUAGCAGACGCCCAUAUACCUAAGAAUAUCAUGGCGGUGGUGAGCACGGGCUCAAAUGAGGAUAAGGUGAACAAUCUUCGCAGGAGUAUACUACCACGAGUUUUGGAUGUGGCAUCGCAUGGCCGUCAUUUCAAGACACUGCUGUGGGUUGAGGAGAAACGGUCCGAUCUCGCUGUCCCGGGCCUGGCGGAGAAGAGGCCCAGUGUCCUCGUUGGUGACCGUAUCUUGGUACAACGCCACGGCUCCGAGAAGGGCCAUUGGUACGAAGGCCACGUACAUUUCGUGCAUCGUGACUACGUCGGCCUCCGUUUCCAUGGCUCGUUCCCGGGCCAUAACGCAGCUCAGCUGUACAAUGUACGGUUCAAACUAAAUCGUAUCCCGCUCCGCCGUCAGCAUCAAGCGCUUGAUGCAGCUAUCCGAGGCGAACACCUGUUCUUCCCCUCCGCAUCUCAUAUUGCUGGAUUUGCUGCGGCCACACAGCCAUUCACGCCAUACAAUACCAUUAUCGCUUCGAACCCGAGCCAGAUGCAGGCUAUCAGGUCAAUUAUGUCGAUGAAGCCAGUGUCAGUGCCCUUUGUGGUAUUCGGCCCGUACGUAUGCGGAUUGCAUUUGUCGGCUUUUCCUAAACCCAUCCACGUUUCUAGGCCCGGUACCGGCAAAACGGUUACCAUGGUGGAAGCCAUCCGCCAGGUUUUGAAGUACAACCCUGAUGCGAGGAUCCUAGCCUGCGCGCCGUCGAAUUCCGCUGCUGACCUCAUCGCGUCGCGUUUGACGAUGUAUGGCAAGCAUCAAUUGCUGAGGUACUACGCGCCGUCACGGUCGAAGAACGACGUGCCCGAUGACCUGCAGGAGUUCACUUACGAGACAAACGUAGAACUAGGUGUGGGAAGGGAGUUCGAGCGGAAUCGCUUCUUCUCAGUGCCCCCUAUGGCAGUACUGAAGCGGUACAAGAUUAUGGUCUCCACUUGCGUAUCGGCAUCGGUCGCCUACAACGUCGGGAUGCCACGGGGGCACUUUACUCACAUCUUCAUUGACGAGGCAGGCCAGGCGACGGAACCCGAGGCCAUGAUUUCCAUCAAGGCCAUGGCUAACGAUCAGACCAAGGUCAUUCUUUCUGGCGACCCUAAGCAACUGGGCCCCAUCAUACGUAGCCCAGUCGCUCGAGAACUCGGGUUGGACACCAGUUACCUGGAAAGACUCAUGACUCGCGACAUAUAUCUCGAGGACUCGCCUAACGUCGGGAAAAGUUUUGUAAAGCUCGUCAAAAACUUCAGGUCACACGGUGCGAUCUUGAAGUUCCCCAAUGAACAGUUCUACAGGGGCGACCUGGAAGUAUGCGGAAAGCCGCAGGUCAUCACGUCCUAUCUCCAGUGGUCGCACCUCCCGAAGAAGGAUUUCCCGAUUAUAUUCCACGGUGUCCAAGGCAAAGACGAUCGUGAAUCCACCUCACCCUCGUUCUUCAAUAUUAGUGAAGCCCUACUAGUGAAGGACUACAUCAACAAGCUUAGGGACGACCGACGUAUCCGGAUUGCUCAUACCGAUAUCGGGGUGAUCACGCCGUACCAUGCGCAGUGUCUCAAGAUACGCGCUGCUCUCCGAGGUGUCGCAGAUGAGGUCAAAGUCGGGAGUACGGAAGAAUUCCAGGGACAGGAACGCCGAGUUAUUAUCAUAUCCACCGUUCGCAGCAGCAAAGAGUACGUCAACUACGACUUAAAGCAUACCCUUGGUUUCGUCGCGAAUCCCCGCCGGUUUAACGUCGCCGUGACAAGAGCCCAGGCGCUCCUCAUCGUCAUUGGAGACCCUACAGUCCUGUCCCUCGAUCCACUCUGGCGCUCCUUCCUUAACUACAUCUACCUGAAAGGCGGAUGGAGAGGUCCGCAGCCGACCUGGGACCCGAAAGCCGAAGUACGCAGCGAGGGCGGCUACGACAAGGAGAUGCGCGAGCUUGCUAUGAGCGACAUGAACGAAUUUGCGCAGCGGCUGGAGUCCGUGGCUGGGGCUAAUGCCGCUGGUGAAGACGGCGGGCCGGACGUUGAUGCGGACGUUAACGUCGACAGGCCUUGGCGGGAAGUCGAGUAG